AUGAACCAACGUCAAAGUCAUCAGCAAAGGCUAGAAAAUUUCAUCCGCAUUAUUAACGAUUUAAUAAUGUCCUUCGUGAGUAAUCCACAGGAGAUGUUGAAUACUCUACAAUUGAAUAGAGAAGUCAUUUUCAGAAGAGUCUUGCAAGGCCGCCAUCUGAAGGGACGAAAUUUAUUUAGAGCGGUUAUCAAGAGAGAAGGUUCACGGGUGGGAGAAGAAGACUCUUUUGUGAUCAAUUCUGCCACUGAACAUUUUUGGAGAAUUUUAACUCCCGGGCAAAAAACGUAUUACAGAGAUAUGGCAGUAGAAGUGAAUGCGAUUAUUCAACAAAGAAGUUCCUCCUGA